GUGGGAGGCCCGCUCUGAUUGGCGGGGACGGUCCCGCAGGGGGCGUCGAGGCGGGAUGAGCUCUGCCCGCAGGGCUGCGUCUGCGCGCUGCACUUCGUGUUUCCCUCUGGAGGCUGUGGGUGGGUCUUCCGAGUCCUUAAGUGUAGCAGCUCUGCUUGCUUUUGUGUGUCUUUUGGCGUUGGUAGUUGUGAAGAGUUACUACUGUUACUACAGCCCUCGAAGUUUCAGUCGCAAAUUGCUAAAUGGGGUCCCGGGUGCCAGUAGUGUCCAGGUUCUCCAACCCAGAUCCGCUCUUUGGUGAAGUUGCUCCUGAGAUCAUCGAGGACACGCUGAUCCACCUGGCCAUGGAGAACGAGCAGCACCUUAGCAUGCUGCCCAGCCCUGCAGGCUGCUUCAAGGAGGCACGCACCGUGGAAUUUAUAUUCCUUCUGUCUGAAAAAUGGCACCUGGACCAACCAACAAGGUAUCACGCAGUAGAGCUACUUGAAAGGUUUAUGAUCAAGCAAGUAGAACAAAUCUGUACGUCCCCCCGAGAGAAUAUUACAAGCAGUGAACAAGGCAGAAGCCAGAAUACUCUGCAAGAACAGAUCUAUGACACAUUUGUCCUACGACUUGUGUCAUGCAUUCAGCUUGCGAGCAAACUUUCCUUACACUAUAAUGCAGUUAACAGUGACACAGCUUUAACAUUUCUGCAAUCCUUAAAAUACUCAUAUACUAAACAAGAGUUGCUUGAGUCAGAGCUUACUGUUUUAGAAACACUGCAGUUCCAGAUCAAUGUGUCGACUCCAUUGGCUUACAUUGAACUGCUUCUAGAGGUUUUAGGACAUAAUGGCUGCUUACUUCCUGCAAAACCACUGCAUCAGAUGUGUGUACAACUACUAGAUUUCUUCUAUCUUAAAAGAGAUCCCAUCUAUGACACUUUACUGAAUAUUGCCGUUGAGAAUUCGACACCAAGUGAAUUGCAGGUAGCAAAGUUUUUGAUAGUAAAGGAAGAUUUAAUGCUCUUGGCAGUUGGAAUCAUCAGCACAAGUGCCUUCAUGCUAGACCCUGAGCACUGGAAGAAGGUACAGUCAUUUCCAAACAAAUUAGCUCUAUGUGGGGGGAAAAAAGUGAAGGUUAUUUAUAUGUUUAAGCACUGCCAGAGGUUGGUAGACUCUACUGGAAGUGAGAUGAAAUUGACAGCCUUCGGUUUAUUAGCAGGAAGCGUGCACACUUUUAUAAGAUGGGUCUGAGGGCACAAAGUCAAUUCAGCAGGAGGGCAUGUGCUGGCAUUACUGUCAGCACAUCCUCCUGCCUUAGCUUUUGUACAGCUCAAACAAACUCAGAGAGUCAGUUUCAUUGAUAACUGGACAAUUUUCUGCCCAAGUUGCUACUGAAUAACAAGCAGUGCACUGCAGACAGUAGCCUUUUCAUUUUUUUUUCUUUAGUAGAGGAAAUUCAUUUAAAAAACAAACAAACAAAAAAACCCACCCCUUAUUCUUCACCCCCUACUGAAAGGUUUUGACUUGAGCCAAAAACACACUUGACUUGGGGUUUGUGGAGCAUUAUUCUUAGAUUUGGGGCAGGACUAAGAAGUAGCUCUGUAAAUUAAUGCCUUUUAGGCACUGUAAUUAAGUAUCUUUUUUUUUCUUUUCUUUUAAGGUUGUGGAACAUUUAAACUGUAUUACUGGCAUUACUUCACAAAGUAUCUCAGAAUUUUCGUAUGCAGUACUCAAACACGUUAUUGGCAGUACCACUCCAAAACAGCACCAUAGGAGGUAGAAGAAAAAUUCCAGAGAAUAGAAUUAUACCUUUUAAAUAGAGCUAUCCUCUGGAUCUAUUGGUUAGUUUAUUAGUAGCAAACAGUUACUCUGUUGAUAGUAUUUCAUCUCCUGUGAUACUACGCAGGGCACCCAAAUUGAUUUUCCUUUGAUUUUGAAUACUACGUGUGUUCUCUAACAUUCCAUAUGCUAUGUUUAAAUCAGAAAAGCUUGUUCUUCCAGGCUAUGCACUAGUGCUGUGAAGAGAAAGGUACACAGGAACAAAGCAGUAUUUAGCAAUACCAUUUUCAGCACCAAAAGCUUUAUUGUA